CGAGUUUCCCCCCCUCUGCGCGCCGCAACAAUGUCCCUAUCGCCUACUACCCCUAGAUCUUCAAGACCGCGCCGAGUGCGAAAGCCCAUCAGCUGCGCGCCGUGCCGCGACUCGAAGCUACGAUGCGACCGGCAACAUCCGUGUGCAACAUGUCGACGGCGCGGUCUCGUGCCCUCCUGUUGCUACCCUAAUGCUUCACGUUCUCCGGUGCGUGCUGGCCCCGAGCUGGAGCCAUCACGAAACUUCAAUCCCGAGCAUCGCCUGUUGCCAAGCCAGAUCUCGAUCCCCAAUGCCCAAGCUGAGCCGGAGGGGCCCGCAAGCGAGGGGCAUGCGCGGUGGGAAGCGAUUUUCGAGAGGCCGAUCGAUCCGCUGUGCAAUCCUUCGGUUGCUGCAAGCUCAGAACAAGGUCAGGUUACGGAUGGGAAGGCCUGCUUCCCAUUUCAUUUCGGGCCGUCGGUCUCCAAAGCAAACAUCCUGGCGACCCUUCCACCAAGGGAGUCUUGCGACUACCUCAUUUCACAGUAUUUCCUGCGAUUGUCACCAUUAUUCCAUGUUCUCCAUGGGCCGACAUUCCAGAGACAGUACAACACGUUUCUCGAGAAUCCAUCGGGUGCUGAUCUUGCAUGGGUGGCUUUACUUUUCACUGUGCUGUCCAUGGUACUCAAUACACUCGAGGAAGAUGAUGUUCCCCUGACGGAGCGACUCUGGCUGCAACAUCUGCAGUAUACCGGCCUGCAGGGCAUCGCGUCUCAAUAUCGCCAGUCGGCGAUGCUGUGCCUGUCCGAGGACAACUUUCUCAUUCGGCAUUCUCUGAAUACACUCGAGGCGCUUCUGAUUCUACUUUAUGGAAUCAGUCACAAUGAUGGUGUUGAGCAGACCUGGGCACUACUAGGAACGGCCCACAACAUCGGCAUCGCCCUUCGCUGCAACCUCAAAACCAAGCCGCCAUCCAUGAGCUACAUCGAUUUCGAGCGCCGCCGGCAAUGCUGGGCGGGCAUCCUCCUCCUACACACCUAUCAAGCGAUCCUCUUCCGAGACGUCGACGUCUCGUUCCUGCUGGACAAACAAGAACCCGAGCUCUUCCCAGCCGACGUCAACGACUCGGACAUCCACGACGACUUUAUCCGCAAGCCCUCGAGCCAACCCACGCAAAUGUCCAUGAUAAUGUUCAAGCUCCGGCUGUUCAAACUGUCCAGCCGAAUAUGCCAGCGGCUAUUGGCCCCGCUCGACGCCCACACCUUAGCGCACUUCGACGCCGAGAUCGCCGCCGAACAGACACAGUGGGAUGCCACGUUCCUCCUCGACGGGAAACCCAGCGUCCUCGACACGGCCAGCUACGCGCACUGGUGCAUCCUGCAGCAGUACGCGCACCAGCUCUACCUCCUCAUCCACCGCUCGUUCUGCACGCGCCAGGGACCGGGCGGAAGUGCCGACCAACGGACCCAAUCCCAGCUAAAAUGUAUCGCCUCCGGCGCAGCGCUCCUCGAGAUCCAGCGGCUCUUCUUCGAGGUGCCCCGGCUGCGCCAUUACAGGUGGUACGUGUACGGGAUGAUGAGUUUCUGCGCGCUGCAUGGGGCCGUGGCGCUUGCGAGUUGUCUACUUAUGCAGAGCGGGGAGUUUGAUUCGAGUGUUUAUCGUGAUGCGUUUGAUGCGGCGAUUGUGCGGAUUGAGGCUAUUCGGGGGCGCAGUCCGAUUUGUGUCAAGGCGUUGCCGAUACUGAGGCAGUUGCAGAAUAUGCUCCAGCCUGAAAAGGCUCCAGUACCGACCACGACCCCCGCGGUAGAGACGAAUACUGUUUCCGAAGAGUGGGCCGAGACUCUGCCAUGGCUGAGUAUGGACAUGAUCAAUUGGGACGUGUGGCAGGAUAUAGUGGACGGGCCGGCGUAGUCGUGGCAUACGUGCAAGAUACUGGAACUGUAGCUUACUUGUCGUACGGUACCCUGCUCAGCUUACUAUAAGUGGCAGUUACCCCCUCCAUACACAGCACUAGCGGUUUUUAUCCACUUGCCCGCCCGGAUUUAUGCUGUGCGUUUCCAUUAUAUAAUACUCGAGACAGCAAGGUAUAUGUUGUAGUAUGGCUGAAUCAUCCUCAACAUGGUAAGAUGAAAAGAACAAGACUGAACUAGUCGUAAAUUAGAUAUUAGGCUCGAUGCUAUUCUCUAUAUAUGCCAUCAGAAAUCGUAACAGGAAAAGCAAACAAAAGAAAACCUGCCUGCGCCAAUUUUGAAAUGAAAUAAAGACACUCCAUCCGCUCCCCGUCCCUCUAUCGUAGAAUCCUUUGCAAAACAGCUUUGAUCCAAUGUCAAUCCCCGAUGCCUAAAACUGAAAACAAAACGCCCUCUCACGGUUUAAACUCCCACUGUCCGUCUAUUUCAACAGCCCUCGCGUUAAUCCCUCCCGAAGCCAUCCUUCUAACGCAUUGAUUACCCCAUCACCACAAUCAAAUCAAUGCCUCGUAAGCUUGGCCCUGAGCUUCGCCCCAAAAACAUAAAACCCAUACGGAAUAAACACCAUGCCCACGCCAAUAAACGCCAGCAGCCACGACGCCCACUGCAACCCCAACCGGUCAUACAUCUGCGUCGUAAACAGCGGGAAGGCCGCGCCGCCGCCGGACCGCAGAAACACCUUGGCGGCCAGCGCCGACGCCGCGUACUUCUGGUAGCUGUCGAUGAUGUAGUUGUUGACCGCGUAGUAGCACAGGACCAUCCCGUACCCGAAGGCGAUCCCCGACGAGGCCGGGCCGACCCAGAUGAUGCGGCUGUACGAGGUCGCGCCGAGGAUGAAGAGGGCGAUGGGGAUGAAGGGGGCGCCGAGGAGGGCGCCGAUGAGGCGGUCUUCGGGGGUGGGGUCGCGGAUUUCGCAGACUUUCUUGAAGCCCUUUUCGAUUAAGGGUGUGGUGAGGAGGGCGAAGGCGGCGCCGAUGAGGAUGGGGAUGAACAUGAGGCCGAUCUGGCCGUCGUUGUAGCCGUAGAGCUUGCCGAAGAUGACGGGGUACGCGAAGAAGAAGGCGUAGAGAAUUGCGUAGAUGAGGACGAUGUACAUGCACAUGAGGUCGAGGACGGGCUCGGUCAUGAUCAUUGUUAUGGGCCGGAUGAGGCUUGUGCGGAUGAUGUCCUUGAAUGUGAGCUUGGUCUUUUCUUGCUCGGUGAUGAUGUUGGGGUUUCCGGUCUCUUUGCGGAGUUUGGCGGCGCGGCGCUUGAGGAUGACGGGGGCGUAGGUCUCGGGGAUCAGGCCCAUGAGGACGAGGAUUGCACCGGCGAAUGCGAGGUUCACCCAGAAGAAGAGGUCGAGACGGCCGGAGCCGACGGUGAUCCAGCCACAGACGAUGGGGCCAAUGACGGGGCCGCAGUAGGGCGCGGCGGCGAAAUAAGCAAUGGCCAUUCCACGCUCUUCGAUGCGCCAGAUAUCAGCAAUGGUGCCACCAGCCAGAGAAAGACCGGAGCUGGAGAAGACACCACACAGGAACCGGCAGACAAGAAGGCCGCCGAUAUUGGGUGAAAGCGCGCAGGGGAUGUUGAAGAUGACAUAGAGACCGAGCGAGAUGAUAUACACGGGGCGUCGGCCGAUGAUCUCGGACAGAGGAGACCACAGUAGCGGGCCAACAGCAAAACCGCAGACCAUGAUUGAGCAGGUGAGGAUGGCGACUUCUAGCGAGACGUUGUAUUUCUCUUCGAUGAGACCGAGACCGCCAGUGACGAUGGACGAUCCAAACGCAACACAGACGACCAGCAUCGAGGCGACCAAGGUGAUAUACCAGCGGUACAGUCGCGACCAAUUGUGCGGAUGCUCGGGGUCGCCAUUGGUAAACGUGACGAAUUCAGUCUCCUUCUCAUUCGCCUCUUCCAAGCUUUGCGGGGUGACUGAG